AGCAAUUCAUUUAAAUAGUGUGAAAUUUUACAAAUUAAAACAUGUGGCUUAUAGUAAUGUUGUUAACACUAUGUGGUGUAGUCCAAGGGGUCUCUAAGGUUCCAUUAGUGUCAACAAAAAUUGGUCAGAUACAAGGAUUGCAGUUUGGGGACGGACACAACAAGUUUCUGGGAGUACCUUACGCAGUCGUGAACAAAAAUAAUCCAUUUGGGCCAUCAACGCCGCAUCCUGGUUUCAAUGAAACCUUUCAAGCCUACGAGUCAAAAAUGUGUCCCCAAAUACAAGAUAAUGUCGCAGUUGGAACACUUGACAGCCUCAUCUUGAACAUCUACGUGCCAAAAUCAGCUAGCUCUCAAAAUCUUUUACCAGUCAUGGUAUGGAUACACGGAGGAGGCUUUAUUGAUGGUAGCGCUGACGAUAAAGGCAAGAGUUCUCCAGAAGAAUUCAUGAAACAUGACGUCAUAGUUGUAGGAGUCAACUACAGACUUGGUGUGUACGGCUUCUUGUGUCUGGACAUCCCUGAAGUACCAGGAAACCAAGGCCUAAAGGACCAAGUGCUUGCGUUCAGAUGGAUCAGGGAUAACAUAGAAGCCUUUGGUGGAAAUCCUAAUAAUGUGACCGCGUUUGGUUGCAGUGCUGGUGGCAUUUCCGUCAAUCUACAUCUUCUUUCACCAUAUGAGAAAUUAUUUGAAAAAGCGAUAAUUCAAAGUGGUACUGUUUAUGCAAGAUUUUGGUUAAGUGAAGAAGAUUAUAGUGUGCCCAUUAAAAUAGCUAAAGAAUUAGGCUUUAAUACAACUGAUAAACUUGAAGCUGUGAAAUAUCUUUCAACUGUUGAUCCUCUUGUAGUUAUGAAAGCAGUUAAAGAUUUGAACAACGCUGGAGCUAAUAUUAAUUCAAAAACAGUGCCAUGUGUUGAAAAAGAGUUUGAAGGAAUUAAAAACUUUGUAACAAAACGCGUAAAAAAUAUUGUAUCAUCAACCAAAGUAGAAACGACUCCUAUUUUACUAGGUGACAAUAGCAACGAAGCUGCAGUUGUCGUGCAUUCAGUUAAUGAUGAAUUUUAUAAAUCAUUCGAUUUCGGAACGCAUUUACCAUUAGGAUUUCAUUUUGAUGAAGCUGUUGCUGAAGAUGCUAAGAAUAGCGUAAAGGAUUUCUAUGCAAAAGAUGGCAAUUUGGAUAAGGUUAAAGAAGGUGUAUUAAAAUUCAUGUCAGAUUUUUAUUUUUCACAUCCAACGCAAAGAACUCAGGACUUGUUGUUGGAUAUUGGAGCUAGCCCAUUGUAUCGAUAUAUUUUCUCAUAUAGCGGCGGAAGGAAUAUGGUCAAAGUGACACAACAUUUUAAUGCAACGGGAGCUACGCAUGGCGAUGAUCUUGGAUACUUAUUUUAUUAUGAAGAAUUUGGAAAAACGAAUGCUCAAGAUCAAAUCAUGGUUGAUAGAAUGACCACAUUGUGGAGCAAUUUCGCAAAGUAUGGGGAUCCAACCCCUAACAAAACGGACUUGCUUCCAAUCAAAUGGGAACCUACAACUCAAGCUAGCCCUAAAUAUUUAAAUAUUGAUUUAGAUCUAAGCUUAGGAGCUACGCCUUUUCCUGACAGAAUGGAGUUCUGGAAUAAAUUCUACAAUCUUUAUGAAGAAUACCAAAUAUGA